AUAAAAAGCCAUUUUCCCAGGGAGUUGCAACAUCGAAAGCGAGCUGACAGCAGAGGAGCUAUGCAGCCUGGAUCGUCAGCGCUUGUACUGAGGGCUUUCCUGUGCACGGCUGGGGACGUCCUGUGAUUUGUGGAUUAUUGGGAAAUGAGCCUGGCUCCAGUCUUACAAAUUUUUUAAAAGGUUCUCAUCAUUUUCAGAAGAGGUCAAUGGAUUCCAGGAUUCCACACAGCAUAACUGUGGUACCAAAUUCAGUUAUGGUGCAGCCACUACUAGAUGGCCGUGUUCCAUAUGGGAGAUUACAACAUCCGCUUACCAUCCUGCCUAUCGAUCAGAUGAAGACUACUCAUCUUGAGAAUGAUUACAUUGACAACCCAGCUCUUAGUCAGCUGGCCAAUCAAAAGCUCAGCAGGGGCUCACAUGAACCUUUCCUUGUCAAUCAACAUUUGCAGAGAUGUGAAGCCGAUAUUACGCACCCUUGGAUAUCUUUCAGUGGGCGACCCAGCUCAAUUAGCAGUAGCAGUAGCACCUCUUCAGAUCAGAGACUCUUGGACCACAUGGCCCCACCUCCUGUGGUUGAUCAGUCUCCACCUAGGGCAGUAAGGAUACAGCCUAAAGUGAUUAAUUGUAAGCCUCAGGAUGCUAAAGGACCCUUGAAUCAAGAAUUGGACAAGCACUUUUUACUUUGUGAGGCCUGUGGCAGAUGUAAAUGCAAAGACUGUACAACUCCUCGGACCUUACCUUCUUGCUGGAUUUGCAACCAGGGAUGUCUGUGUUCUGCACAGAAUAUGGUCAACUAUUCAACUUGCAUGUGUCUAGUCAAGGGAGUUUUUUACCACUGCACCAACGAAGACGAUGAAGGUUCUUGCGCAGAUCAUCCGUGUUCUUGCUCACACUCUAACUGCUGUGCUCGCUGGUCUUUCAUGAGUGCCUUGUCAUUGGUCCUCCCAUGCUUGCUCUGCUAUCUUCCUGCCACUGGCUGUGUGAAACUUUCUCAGAAAUGUUAUGACCAAGCGAGCCGACCCGGGUGCCGGUGCAAAAACACAAACAGUGUCAUGUGCAAAGCACCGGAUGCAGUCAACAGACCAGAAAAGCCAUUUUGAGAGUUGCUGUGAGGUUCUGGUUUUGUGAACUGUCUUAUAAGAAUGCAUUGUGCAGAAAGAUGAAGCAAAAAAGACUCCAGACUGUAUAUUCUCUCCAGAGGCUUUAAUUUAUCAUUCCUUGAUUAAGGGGGUCCAGCAACACUUAGUAUUAUCAGAAAAGAGAAAUGCAUUAUGUUUGGCUGCUGCUGUGAACCAUUUCAAAAUCCUGUGUUGAAGAUCUGUAUGCUAACUAGAUAACCAUGGGGAUUAGCUUGAAGGGACUAGUUACCUUUAUUGUAUUUACAGCUACCAUUAAGAACCAAGAAUGUUAUCCCUCAGUUAGCAUGGAAGCAAGCCAGCUCUAGUUCUUCCUCACACACUCACGUGUUUGUUUUUUAAGCUGAAGGCUUCAGUCUACACUUUUCAUUGAUGUGUGGAAAACUCUGCUGAGGCUUUGUUGCGUAACUCUUUUGUCUGUGGUUUAGUGUUUUUGUAUUUUUAUAUAAAUGUAUUAGUUCUCUUACACGUUUUUUUGGCUAAUGAAGGCAACAUGGGAGACCAGAGUGCCAAAGGUACAGAUUCAAUCCACAAUGUGGUGACAGGAAGGAAUGCACGACCCUCUAUUCCUCCGCUGUGUCAAGACUCUUCCGGCCUGCCUAUUAUUAGCCUUUUCCAACUGCCCUUCUCUCACCCUUCUUACUGAUAAUGGGAAAUGCCCUUUCAUCUUCAGCUGUGCACCUUCUCCACAAGAAAGGUUGUCAGCACUGUGGGUAAAAAAACAAACAAUCAGAACAAUAUGUAUUGGCAAAUCGUAUCAAUAUCCCCCUAAUAACAAGUCAAAGCACUGCUAAAGAUCACUUGUGCUGAUAGUAACAACUCUCACACCCAGAUCAGCAAACAUAUCAGGUUCAGCUAUUUCAGCAGCUGUCUCAACAUGUUAAUUAAAAGGUAAUUGUUACAAAGUUUAACCUCGCUCCCUGCUGCUGGAACUCUAAGCGCAUUGCAACACAAGGUUAAUGCAUGCAUUGCUCCCUUUCCUCCAGCUUUUCAGGAAAUCUACUGUACUGGGCACAAUGCAAUAACCAUUUUCUAACUAGAAAGAACAGAAAAUAUUUUUGUUCACAAGGAGGUGACAUUGAAGGGCAGUUGUACACAGUGAACGCCAAUGGCAAACUUAUUUUAUUCAUUGUAAUUUUCUAAGGAAAUUGAAAGUUGUAUGUAACUUUAUUUGUAUUUUUGUUUGUGCUGCUGCUCUACCUUGGCCCUACUGUAAUAUAGCAUCCUGUAUAUCUGUGUAAAUAUGCAUAGAGAGAUACAUAGAAGGUCUAUUUUAGUGUUAUAUAACUACCAGGGAAAGGCUAAGGGGGUCGUAAGAAACUCAUUCAUUUGUGAUUUAUAUAUAUAUAUAUAUAUAUCACAUAGGGUGAGUUUCACCUUCCCUACACUGCAUUCUGGCAAAUAAUAGGUGCUAGUCUCUGUUUUGUAACAUGUAGUUUCAGUGCUAAAGGGGAAUUUUUGUUAGCAUACAGAUGUCUUGCAUUUGCAUUCAAAAGUGGCAUCCAAACCACACUUUAAUGAAACUCAACUUUAUUUGUAUUUUAAUUUCAGCCAUGUUACAUGCUUAUUUAAAAUGUAUGGUACAAGAUGUAACCUAUAAUGUUUAAGCUACAUUUAAUUACUAACUUUUGGGCAAGUUUCUUUAAGUUUUAGCAAGAAUAAUAUGUAUAUUUUUAUACGAACUGUAAAAAAAAAAAAAAAAAAAAAAAGAUCACUUUUAAUAUGCAUGUGUCCCUCACAGAUACAAAGGGAAAGGUGUCAGUUGUGUAAUUCUUCUUUCGACUUUGCUGCAGUUCUAGCACUUUGACAUUUGUUAGUGGUAGUAUAUUUAUUAUUUUUUUAUUUAAUUUUGGAGGUAGAAAUAAAAUAUGUUUUUUUUUUUUAAGAAGGUACAGACACCCUUCAUCUUUCUCUUUGCGCAUGAAGCUUCCCCUUUAGGGCUGUAAACUGCUCUGGUGUUGAGAUAUAUACUCAGUGAUAAUGAUUUACUGAAAUUAAGCAAACCUUUUUUAAGAAUAAUGAUUGGCUGUCUGAAAUAAACACAGGUUUACUUGGUUUUAGUAAAACAGUCCAGUGUUGUUGAUCUGAACAGAUUUCACAUAGAUUAAGGACUUUUAAAUAAUACCAUUUCAUAUUUAUUUUUUGCCAUAACAAACAGUAGUUUAACAUCAUGAUACUCUGGUUAAAAUCUAAGGAAGUAUUUCUCAAAUUCCUUAUCAUAUCACUUGUUAUGCUCUGACAUGUUAAGCCUGCUCAAACCCAAACAAUGGAAGUUCCUCUGUGUAGGUCACGGGCACAUGAGAACA